AUGAGUGGGGUCAAAUUCCUCGUCGACGUUGACCCCACCGGCGCGGGGAUCGGAUUGGCGUUGGCUCCCACAAACAUCGACCUAUCGUCGUCCACGCUCACGCUCAACUGGUGGGCAACAGGACGUCGUCCCACUUCUGCUACCGGUUCUAUCCAGCCCGAAGGCGGAGAUGCGGCUUCAAUUUUGGAGGUGCCUCAAGCGACGUGCGGGCAAUCGUCGGAUUCGUUCAACAUAUGGGUAGACAACAAUCCCACCUAUGCGUGGAAUGCGUCUAACGUCAUCCUUCGCGAUGAUCAGUCCGCGAUACAGGGUAGCAGUUUCACAUCGCAAGAGACAUUCGAUACUUCGCAUAAUUUCACUUGGAUCUCAAAGCGCCAAUUCUUGGCGCAGCGACGGCAGCACUCCGUCUCAGCAUGGUACCCAUUCGACCGCUACGCCGUAGAUGCGAUCGAGCAUGUGAGAACAUCAAACAGCGACGAAGCAUUGCAUAUCACUUUCUCGAUUCGUCGCUGCGAAGGCGUCAAGCUCUUUGCAAUAACCCUCUUCCUCACCAACUACGUUCUCGCCGCGGCUAUGGUUUGGGUUGCAGUCUGUGCGCACUACGGACCCUCACUCCCGGAGUCUGCGCUGUUCCUCCCUCUCACAAACAUUCUGCUCCUUCCUCAACUGAGAGGUGCGAUGCCAGGCGUCCCAGAUUUCGGUAUCUUUAUGGACCUCUUUGGGUACUACGUGAAUAUCUCUGCGAUCUGCUUCGCUGCGUUAUUCAUGUUCUUCAAGAUCGUCAGUGGACGUCGCCCCAGUAGCAUUAUUGGUGUAACAGAGCACCCGCCGUCCGAAGCCCUCCCACUAUACAGGAAGGGCGCUCUUCCAAUAGCCGUCGAAAGAUCUCUGUCCAUCACAGGCACCGUGGAACAUUUCGACAAGGGACCUGUCCCCAUCCAUGGCACGCAUCAGCAUGUCGAAGACGUUGUGGCGAUGUUCUCGGAGAAUACGGAGCCUCGUGACGUUUGCGUUCGUUAA